UGGAGAGUUAAAGGGAGGCAGCACACGACUCUACACUCUGCGAUUUGGUCCAAUCAAAACUUUUUUUCUUUCUUUCUCUCCCUCUAUUUUUUUCCUCCUGUCAUCUAGUGACAUCACGAGCCUGUGACCCCGCCUCCCUGCUGAUGACGACGUUCGGAGGCGAGGGAAAAAGAGACUUUUAAAGCUGCUGUCUGCCGGCUUGGGUUUUCGGUUUGGUUUGGUUUAGUUUGGUUGGGUUUGGUGUGAGUUUCUCUGGAUCUGUGUGUGCUGCGGGGUCGUCUGUGUGUGUGGUGUGUGGACAGAGCACCUACAGGGUAGACCACAGACCAACCAACCACAGGGGCUGCGGCGCAAUUUCUGACUUUUUGUUUUUUUAAAGCCAACUUUUCUGUAUUUUUGGCUGGCCCUGAGUGUGCCCGCACAGCAUAUACCACAGCCCAGUCCAGCACAGCACAGCACAGCACAGCACAGCACAGCACAGCACAGCCCGGCGCACAACGGGUUAAUUCUCGCAGGUCAAACUGUGAGAGUUUAAAGAGCAGCCCAAGCCAGUAAGCAGCGCCUGCCUCGACCACACUCACCAGCAUCGCCCGCCCGCCCGCCGCAACCUCUCUGCUCCGCUCCCUCCGUCCACAGUCAACCGAGGAGACAUCUCUUCUUAUUUUUUUUCUUAUUUUUCCCCCCCUCUCUCCUCUGUUUUUCCAUCAAUUUUUCCCCUGUUUUUUUCUGCUGUUGUAAAGAGACAGAGAGAGCGAGCAAGAGAGAGAGAGAGAGAGAGAGAGAGAGAGAGCAAGAGAGAGAGAGAGAGAGAGAGAGGGAACGUCUCUCAAAAAGCCCAGACCUGGUCAUUACUUGCGGUCAUUGCGAAUAGUUGAUACGAGAGUUGCAUUUCUUGCGGAUGCCGUUUGCCUCGUUCGCGCUCCCCUUGGUAUGGUUUGCACGCCACGACUAGGACUCGACGACGGUCAGCGCCGAGACCGCACAGGAAGUGAAAACACGCAGCCACCGACGCCGCCGCAGCCGCCCGUCCACCAAAAGCGACCAAAAGUGGCGACCAUGGCAUCCAACAGCCUGUUCAGCUCCGUCGCGUCAUGUCAACAGAGCUUCUUCUGGGAUCCCAGCGCAAGUCGGAGGUUCAGUCCCCCGUCUAGUAGCCUCCAGCCUAUGCCGGUGAAAAUGAACGAUGUCAACACCACCACCAGCACGGGACAGCAGGACGCCGCCGUGCCGAGGCUGCGCCCUCAGGAGAAUCGCUCCAUGGCCGAGAUCAUCGCCGAUCAUCCGGCAGAACUUGUUCGGACUGACAGUCCAAAUUUCCUUUGUUCUGUUCUGCCUUCGCACUGGAGGUGUAACAAAACUCUACCAGUAGCGUUCAAGGUUGUGGCACUAGGCGAGGUAGCGGAUGGGACAACAGUGACGGUGAUGGCGGGCAACGAUGAGAACUACUCUGCAGAGCUCCGGAACGCCUCUGGGGUCAUGAAGAACCAGGUCGCUCGCUUCAACGACCUCCGCUUCGUGGGAAGGAGUGGACGAGGCAAGAGCUUCACCCUGACAAUUACAGUAUUCACCAACCCGCCACAAGUAGCCACUUACCACCGAGCCAUCAAAGUCACCGUGGACGGACCACGCGAGCCGAGACGCCACAGGCAAAAGCUGGAGGACUCCCCCAAGGCGGGCGUGGGCCUGUUCUCCGACCGGCUGGGCGAGUUCGAGCGCAUCCGAGCAGCGCAGACCUCCAUGCGGGUGGGCGUCCCCCCCCAGGGGCCCCGGCCCUCCUCCCUCAACGCCGGGCCCAACUCCUUCUCACCACAGGCCCAAGGACAGAUAUCGGACCAUCGUCAGCCCCAGUCGUCUCCGCCCUGGUCGUACGAGCAGCCCUACCCCUCCUACCUGAGCCCCAUGGCCUCCCCCUCCGUCCACUCCACCACCCCUCUCUCCUCCAGCCGCGCCACCGGCCUGCCAGCCAUCAGCGACGUGCCCCGACGCCUGCCAGGUGCGUCCGACCUGAGCCCCUUCCCCGGCCAGUUCGAGCGGCAGUUCCCCGGCUUCUCCUCGCUGACCGACACCCGCUUCUCUGGCCCGCGCAUGCACUACCCGGCCACCUUCACCUACACGCCCACGCCCGUCACCGGCGUCGCGGGCACCGGCAUGUCCCUGGGCAGUGCCGCCGCCGCCCACUACCACACCUACCUGCCCCCGCCUUACCCGGGCUCCACCCAGAGCGGCCAGACCGGCCCCUUCCAGAGCAGCAGCACCCCCUAUCUGUACUACGGCGCCUCCUCAGCCAGCUCCUACCAAUUCUCCAUGGUACCGGAGGCAGGUGGGGCAGGGGCAGGGGGCGUGGGGGCUGCAGGCGGUGGAGGAGCAGCCGUGGGGGGAGGAGGAGGAGGAGGUGCAGGUGGUGGAGCUGGGGCAGGUGGAGCUGGAGGAGGAAACGGAGGUGGAAGUGGAGAUCGCUCUCCGUCGUCGCGCAUGCUGCCCCCGUGCACCAGUGCCUCUACUGGUGGGCUGGUGAACAGCAGCCUGGCGGGCCAGACGGAGGCGGCAGGAAGAGGGGUGGGCGUGGUGGUGGAGGGAGACGGUAGUCACAGCAACUCCCCGACCAUGCUGAACCCAACGGGCAGGAUGGACGAGGGGGUCUGGAGGCCUUAUUGACCAGACAAAACCAACCAAACAACCGGACGACCAGGAGACUUGUGGAUCAUCUAUGGAGCGGCUGAUUACCUGAUCAAUUUGACUGGAUGGUUGAUCAAUGAUUUGAUUGAUUGAUUGAUUGAUGGAUCGGUCGAUCGGUCGGUCGAUUGAUCGAUUGAUCGAUUGAUUGAUUGAUUUUUUACUGAUUAGCUCAUUGAUUAAUUCUUUGGUUAAUUAGUAAUCAGGCUUUUCAAGAGCCUAUUCCACCCAGAGACUUCAAAUCUUCAAACCCACAAUCAUGGUUCCAAAGCACAAACCUUGCAGAGGACGGAUUUUUGUCAUUAUUUUGGGUUUUUUUCAUUGUGUGAGGUUUUAUUUUGUGUUACGUACGUAUUACGUUUCUUUUGAAGCCUUUUUGAUUACUGUCCUCAGAACUGCACAUCCACUAUCUGGGUGCCUCUGGGUAUUUAUAAACCAAAGAUAAACAUUCUAUCUACUUUGAGGUAUUAAUUUCCAAGGGCAUGUUUGUAUGCACGAUAAAGACUCAGAGAGACUUAGAAAGACACACUCUCUUCUGUGGACUGGACGGAACAUGGUAAAACUAUGGGAUAUCUACUAAAGGGCUCAUUUUCAGCAUGCAUUUAUUAUGGUAUUCUAUUUUAUUUUAUUAUCGUAUUUUGUUAUCUUGUGUUUGGAUUGCCUUUUGUAAGGAUAUCAGUAGUUACAUACAAAGCACUUAGCAGUGAUACAUUUUAUUAUACAAGAUUUUGUGAGCUGCAUUGUGUGUUUAAAAAAAAUAGUUGUACUUUUUUUUCUUAAUUAUUUAAGUUAUAUGUAUGUGGGGAAACACUUUUUUGCGGAUGAAGUUUUUAAGUUAUAAAGCCAUAAAUUAAGUAGUGAAACUUGAGUCAUAGAGUGGUACUCAACAUAUUUUUGUAUAGCAUCUAUGCCCAUCAUCAAGCUCUUCAAAAAUGACAUUCACAAUUAAUUUAAAAUAUAUAUUUUUGUUUAUUUUAGUGCCUUAAUUAUAUGUAUGUAAUGCAAUGAUUAAUUUAUCAACAACAACAAAAACGAAAAGAGCAUUCAAGGAUUUCCAGGGGUGAUUUUUAGUUGUGCUAACGCACUUGUUAUUUAACUCAUCUAACCAAAGAGCUUUUUUUUAUUUCUUUGCAAGUUUUACAAUGUUAAUCAAUUUUUUCUACACAUGUAUAUUUAUCUCAACAGACAAUCAGUCAGUCAGAAGUUGUUAGGGUGAGGUAAGGGCAAGUCUAUAUAUCAUCUUACUACUUAAGAAUAGAUUAAAGUCAAGUCAUUUGUCAUUGGCAACAACUUUCAAUGAGCCAAUAGUGGCCCAGAGUUAAUGUCAGUAGCAAACGUGUCAAGAGUCAGAUAAUAGCUAUCAGUGUGAGUCUAAAUGGCAAAGGGCAAAAAUGGGCAGAUAUAUACAGUACUUUCAUUGUUUUAAUCAUUUUGGAUAUUUCCAAAACACUCUUUUGUCCCACAUGGUCAAAAGACAGGACGGAGGAAAUAACUCAUUGGACGAUUGCUGAACAAGCCAACCCUAACAUACCCCAGCAGCAGGCGAAAAUCCCUGAGAUUUGUUGAUGACAGCAUGUCACCACUGUAAAACUUCUUAAAAAGUGACCUUAAAGUUAUUUUCUUGCCCCGUCCCAAGCUGUUCCAAACCCAUCAUCUGCCUCCUGGCGCAGAUAAAUCAGAGAUGUCAGAGCCGUAGCGGAGGGAUAACUCUGCCGUGUGUCAUCCUGCGAUGCUUUAUUUUCUCUGGAACGACUUCCCUAGAGUGAUUCAAGAAAUGAUUGAGAAAAGCAGAAGUGCUCAUUGCAUACGUUUUUUAAAGAAAAGGAAAAAAACAUACACAAAAAAACAGAUGACUUCUCCAAAACUGGUAUCCCAGUGAAGUUCCAGGAGUUCCAAGCCCAGAACAGAGCAGACAUCUAUUUAUCUGAGAUAUUUAUGUUAUUUAUCAACGGAAAACACUCAGCUUUUUUUACAGCAGUAUGGAAAUUUCUAUGCAUAUGUUGUCUGUAUUUUUCUGCACAUUGGACACUGUAAUAAUUAUUGUAGUCCCUUGCCUUCUGUCUGAAAUGAUGUGACACCGUUCGCCCAUUAAAAAUUGGGUACGAGACCCUGUUUACAAGAGGAGAUUUUUGAAAAGCCUUUCAGUAUGCAUGGAUGCAUGUCUUUGGAACCAGGGAUAUACUUAGUCUAGUUAAGUAAUUGUGUGUGUGUGUGGGUGUGUGCGUGUGCGUGUGUGUGUGUGUGUGAGCGUGUCAAGCAUUUAAAAUAUGCUACACAUCUCAUUCUAAAGCAUCUCUCUGCUUCUUGGCAAGUAUCAAUGGGAGGAGAAACUUUGUCAUUUACUUUGUCAUUUAAAUUGUAAAAUUGCAGUAAUUCUGUUGAUUGUUUAAGUGAAAUGUGCUUUACAUAGUCUAUCUAUAAUGGACUCAGCAAGCAGCUGUUAUACCAUACAGAACAUUGUUCUUCAGAAAUUAUUUUUGUUUUGAAAAUAUUUGAUAACUUGCAACAAUUAUUUUAGCUAUUAAAAGUAAUAUUUCCAGUUUACUGUGCUCAUCUGACUUUUCUUUGCCAGUCAUCUUUUUUCUUCUUUGGCGUUCCCCUCAGUUUUGAAGCACAGAAUGUACAGACACAGUGGAAAGAAAAUUGUUUUGUAUUACAUUUAAAUUCCCUGAAAUGACUAUGUACACCAUGUUGGAUUGUCCUAUUUUAGCUACAAAACUGAAACUUAAGUAUCAACCAUCUUCAGACUUCUAGGAAACAUCCACAAAUUAAAAUUUGACUCUUGCAUGAUCACAUAUGAAAAAAAUCUUUACAUGAAAUGUGUGAUUUUUUGUCCCCCUCUUUGUCUUUAUUUAUUCUUCAUGUCAUGUUUCUCUGAUGCCGCUGUGUGGUCCUCGUCUUACCGUAUCGAGAUGGACUGUUGGGAACUCUUCCAGUUGACCAUCAGGGGAAAAAAAUGUUUACAAAAUGUGUACAAUGUUUGAACAACAGGAUUCGCUUUUUUUUUGUUCAAUGGUUGUUUUUUCUUCUGUUUGUUUGUAAAGCAUCUUCCUGUGCAUUUCACUGCUAUCCCCCAUUGCUGUUGUUGUGAAUUGAACAUGAACUCAAGUCUUCACCUAAACUCCACUUACCUCCCACGGGGUAAGAGCAAGCAGACUGGCGUUUAAAAAAUAUAUAUAUUUUUCAACGAUGAUAUUUCCUUGCAUGUCUCAUGUGUGUCCUCUCUUAGCACUGUAUCUCUUGCACACAAUACACCACAAAAGUGUCUGAGUUCAUUUUCAAUCCAAAAUGUUCUAUCCACCCCAAAGAGUAUGCUUUGCUUUCCCUUUCUUUACGUUCUAUUUCUGUAAGAAAUUGCUUCGAUUGUCUGGCUUUGACAACAGUGAGAGAAAUUGGCAUUUUGGAUCCUUUCUUGUUUG